GCUGUUGUUGCUUUUGUGACGGAUGAAUACACUGUCAAUGAGAAUGAAGGAGCUGUCAGUGUAUGUGUAGACUCGAGAGUGACUGAGGGUUUUGAAGCAGACCUAACAGUCUCCCUCAGUGCCACUGAUGGAACAGCCUCAAUUGAUGAUGAUACAGAACUACUUGCUGCUGAGUUCACUCUAGUAUUUCCUGCUGGAAGUUCUAACGGAACACGAUGCAGCAGCAUUCCCAUCACUGAUGAUGAAUUACUGGAAGGAAAUCAUGAGUUCACAGUGACACUGACUGGAGCAGGAUUUCAUGCCUCCAUUGAUACCCUCUCAUCUGUCACGACUGUUACCAUCAUUGAUGACGAAAGUUUAGCUACUAUCAGUUUGCAGCCAACAUCUGCAACUUACGCUGAGGGAACUGUUGUUAAUGUGUGUGCUGAGAUUCAGGAACUCCCUGCUGGAGGACUGGGAACUGAUAUAACUGUUGAUUUCCUCGUGGAAGGUUUUUCAGCCGUUGAAGAAGAAGACUUUGACAUUCUUUCACCUGUUUCAGUGGUUUUCAACAGUAGUGGAAAUGUUACUAAUGGAGAUAAUUUGUGCCUUGGGUUAAGCAUACUCGAGGAUGACAUCUACGAAGAGGACCAACUGCUAAAUGUCAGUAUUGUUUCAGUAUCCCCAUCAUCUGCUGCUACAGUUGGAACAGAUAAAAGUGCCAUUACCAUUGAAGACAAUGGAGAUCUGAUAGUCUCUCUCAGUGCCACUGAUGGAACAGCCUCUGUGGUGGAUGACACUGGUCUUCCUGGAGCUGAGUUUGCUCUAGUGUUCCCUGCUGGGAGUUCAGAGAGCAUACGCUGUUUCACUGUUCCAAUUGUUAACGACACUCUGUUGGAAGGGACUCAAGAAUUUACUGUGACAGCUACUGAUGUAGGGUCACAUGCCCUCAUUAAUACUCCAUCAUCUUCCACAACAAUUUCAAUAACUGACAACGAAUGUAAGACGUGUGAUGUUUAUUUCUCACUUCACCAUUGA